AUGACCUUUUUACGAUAUGAUUUACGAGAACGAGACAGACUAGCAACAGAUCUCGACAGUGUUCUUCAUCGUGCUCGUGUGCCACUAAAUCAAAGAAGAUACAUCAAAGAUGAGCUAUUCAAGGAGCUACCCGUACACGCAACUUCUAACACUGAAGAAAGAAAUGAAGUUGAGAAAGAGCUACUGUCAAAUUAUUCCUGA